CCCUCGCCUGUCUUCCUGCUGGCAGAGCUCUUCAGGGUUAGCCCCGCGUCUGCUCGGCGCUGUGGGUCCAACUCGGCCGGUUUUGUCUCUGUCGCAGACUCCGCCCUGUCCGGUCACCUCAGUAGCGCUAGGACCCAGGGCCCGAGCCGCGGGGGGGAGUGAAAUGAACUGAGGCCAAGAGGAGCGUUUCUUUCAGCGCUCGGGAGGUGGGGAGUUGAGAUCGGUUCCGAGAGGCGCCUUGUCUGCGUCGGCCGAGCAAACUCCGAAGAGCAGAAGAGAAGCAAGGAACACGAUGACCAUGGAGGAGAGCCCUCUCUGUGUUGAUUGGUUCACAGACUAUCCGGAUGCGGUUUUAAAAGUGGGAAAAGUGACUUUUGGCGAGAAAUCCAGGAAGAAGAUGACAGAUUGCAAUCUGAGAAGGAAACAAGUUGGUAACAUUUCCCGAGCAGCAUGUGCAUUUCUGAAUUCAGGAGGAGGAGUGAUAAAGGCAGAGGUUGAUAAUAAGGACUACAAUUAUGAAGAACAUGGGAUUGGACAGGAUAUAGAAAAAGCCCUUACAGAACUUACUCCAUCUAAAAUGUCUCGAAAAUACUUUGAUUUUGAAUAUAUGCGGGAAAACAACUGUGUGUUAAUUUUUGUGAAGUCAUGGAGCAGUGACGGCUCAUCUUCACCCCGUAUUUGCAGCCUAAGGACAGGCUUGUGCCAAAGAUCUCUGACUCGAACUGACAGCAUGAGUCCUACUGAAGCAGUGCAAUUUCUCAAAGAGAAGGAAGUUUCUGCCAGGAGAAAACGUGGUGAGGGGACAGGACCAAGAGCUAAGAAAGCUCUGCUAAGUGACGUUCAGCAGGAACAAAACCUGUAUAUAUCUGCUGAAAGAUUUUAUCAAAGAGACGGUCUCUGCUUUGGGGAGAAACUAAAUUUCACGGAGUCGACGCAUGUUGAAUUUAAGAAUUUUACAACAAAGAACAUUUUGAAAUACAUGAAAGAGAUCCUGCCAAAUUACAUCUCUGCCUUUGCAAACACACAAGGAGGAUUUUUAUUUAUUGGAGUGGAUGAUAACGGGACAGUUGUUGGAUGUAGGAAUGACAAAGUAAAUAUCAGUGAAUUAAAAGAAGUAAUAGAACAUGUUAAGGGGAAAUUACCCAUUUCACAUUUCUGCAGUUCUCUGCCUGGAGUGAACUUAGAAUGCAAAAUGCUGGAGGUGUAUGACGAAGAUCAAAACUUGUAUGGUUAUGUCUGUGCUGUGAGAAUCCAGCCGUUUUGUUGUGUUGUGUUUUCGGAGACUCCGGACUCAUGGACUGUGAAGGGCAAUGAGAUCAUGAGGAUGACAGCCAACGAAUGGACAUCCUUGAUGAUGGCAACUGACCCAGAGAUUUCAAAUUUGUGUGAAGCUUUCAGGGCUGAGCUGAGUGUGUCAUGUGCACCCCCACUUACCAAAACAGUGUUUUCCAACAAAGGCCUCGCUUGUCUGCGUGAUCUGCAAGAAUCUCUAUUUCCAGUAAAUGGUAAUGGGAUAACAUACAAACCAGACAACCUCAGCAAAGAGCUGUUCUCAGAGUAUCCGGGGCUGGAGGAUUUAAUGAACGAGCAAAUGGAAGAGCUGCAAUAUUCUCAGGGACUACUGAUAUUUGCAAGAAGCUGGGCUGUUGCUGUUGGAUUGCCAGAGAAUCAGCAUGUUGUCUGUGAUGCUCUCUUAAUAGCCACAGACAAAUACCCAACGCUGUACACCGUCACGGAGGAUUAUUCCAUGGUUGGGUUUGAAUAUUCAAAACAUAUUGCUUGUACGUUAAAGAAGAAACUGGUAAAUGAUGGGGGAUACACUCAGAAAGUGUGUGUGAUUCCCCAUCUCCUACACCUUGGAAUCAACAGAGAGCGAAAUAAUGACUCACAUGUACAAGUCAAGCAUCCCCUUUCCUAUGUCCUCUUGCCCAAUGACAUGCCAGACUUACUUCACUCACUUGUGAUAAUCUUGUUGAGUUUUAGAUCCUUCUUAAGUGACAUGCUUGGCUGUGAAUUUUUCAACCUUCUCACCGUUAAACAGUAUGAGAUACUAACAAUGAAUCUUCACAAAUUCAAGAAGCUGUUUAUCUAUGGCCUGCCAGGAACGGGGAAGACAAUUGUGGCCCUGAAUAUCAUAGAGAGGAUAAAGAACGUGUUCCACUGCAAAUCUGAUGAGAUUCUGUACAUUUGUGAGUACCAGCCUCUGACAGCAAUUGUGAAAAGGAGAAACAUUUGCCGGCCUGUGACCCGAGUUGCCUUCUUAAAGGGGAAUUAUCAAUCAGUGAAGCACAUAGUAAUUGAUGAGGCCCAGAAUUUCCGGUCAGAGGAUGGCGAUUGGUACAGCAAAGCUCAGUGCAUCACCCAAGGACAUGGUCAUUGCGAACCUGGUGUUCUCUGGAUCUUCUUGGACUAUUUACAAACAAGUCACCCAUUUCCAUGCGGUCUUCCACAUCCAUCAGAACAAUAUCCUCAGGAGUGGUUAACUAUAGGGGUCCGGAAUGCCACCCAGAUAUACAAUACCAUGGAACAAGAGAUGCAAAAUAUUGUAAAAUAUCCACAAAUUGAUAUUCCUUUUGAGCGGUUAAGAAUGCUGCUCAAUGAAGCUGUAUGUGGCCAUCCCCUGCCAGGUGUUUGUAGGGUAGAAGAAAACUUGGAGGAGGAGGAAAUAGCGACAUAUGUGGUUGAUACCUGUCGCCAAUAUUUCCGAAGUGGUUACUCCGGGAAAGACAUUGCUAUCCUGUGCAACACAAUGAAAGAGAAGGAUAGGUAUCAGUGCAUAUUACAACCCAAAAUGAGAGCGAUGAUGAGAAAUUUCAAACUGGACGCAUGUUUCACAACGGCAGACAAUGUGCUGGGUCAUGGCAUUGUUCUCGACAGCAUCCGCCGCUUUUCUGGCCUGGAGAGAAACAUCGUAUUUGGGAUCAACCCAGUCCCUGUCCCUACACAGAAUGCGAUUUCCGAAAAUCUUAAACUCUGUGUGGCAUCCAGAGCUAAUUUACAACUUCAUUUGCUGUAUGAAAGGUAAUGCUUGAAAGUGUCCUGGUGGUUCCCUCGGGAUCUGUUUAAUAACCCGUGAUAGUCAUGUCGCUUUUGUGGUUUUUCACCCACGAUUCAGACCUAAAUACAAAUCUCACCAUGGGUGAAAUUUUACCUUAGAGGGCUCCCAUCUCCCAGGCUAAUAAACUACAUGAGACCUGGUGAGGCCUGGGGGUCUUAAAAAGCCAGUCCGUAAAAUAAACCAAAGGAGCUACAUGGGAUAUAGUGAGAAUGGUCCACUUGAAGCUAAUCAGUCCUUCCUGCUAACGUUUCAAGAAUGGUCUCUGAUCUUCAGGUUUCCAAGAUGCACCACUGUGAUCCACAAAACUCUGGCUUGGCUAAAACCUGUAGGGGCCUAAAUUCACUUUAGGGGCCUAACUUUCCGCUGUGCAAAUUCCCUAGCUGUUUAAAUUUCAGAUGCUGGGGCAUGUGUACUGCUCCCUCCCUCUAGGAGCCUAGGCACUUGUCUCACCUAAGCCCAGAGCGAUUCACCAACCAGGGGAAGACUAAGUUUUGUGCAGGAGGUGUUAUGCAGACAAAACUACACAAGAUCGUUUUAGGGGACAAAGCAAAGAUGCCACGUUUAUUAUGAUAACAAUUUGAUCUAUAACCACUAGCUAAUACAUAAUACUUACAUACACACACAUCAGAUGUUCUGCAGCAGCUGGAUAGUUACCAGUCCUGAACGUAGCUUGAGUUCAUGGCUUGAUUCCGCAGCUUGGGAUCAUGGCGGCUAACUGGCCAGGAAAACCGGACACGAGGAAGGGCCGGGUCUCUGUCAGGCGCGCACUGAUGCCCCUCAAGGUUGGCAGCAGAACGUUACCCAAAGUCUUCCAUCUCACCCAUCUUUUUUAUAGGUUUUUAGUCUGAAUCCAGAGUCUAUAGGUCUUGCUGUGUCAGGCUGCCCUGCGUUCGGUGUGAUUGAUCACCCGUCAAUUGCAGAUGUGACUUUCAGCCUCGGUCCGGCUUUGAUCUUCCUUCUAUUGUACCUUUGUUCUUUUCUUCUUAGGGUGGACUCUUCUUACUUUGUUAGGGCUGUUGUCUGCGUCUUCAGCCGUUGGUAUUUGAACUUUAUUUCACCAGGACAGGCUGGCGCUAGAGGUUGAUUCCAUCAUCCAUACAUACCUCAUUCACACAUCUAAACUAAACUAACAAGAUUACAGCAGGGUUUUGCAAAAAUGAAGGUUGCAGCAAGCUUUUACAAAAUGGAGUGAGCAUUUUAAAAUGGAGUUCGGGACAAGUUAAAAUGGAUUUUGAGUUACAAUAUGGACAAGUGUAAGGAAUGGCAAACAGUGAACAGAAGUUACAGUAUAGACAAGUAUAAUGAAUGACAAACACUGAGCAGAAGUUACAAUGUUGAAGCAGUGUAAGUUUCAGCAUUUCAGCAGCAAUUGGAUUGAAAGUGAAAUUUACAAGUACAGCUGUGGCUCUUAACAAGCAGCUUAAUUGUCAAUUAGUCAGUUAUUGGGGUACCCGGUUUUAUGAAUGAAUGAAGUUUAAUUCAUAAAACUUUACUUAUGAAGUUAUAUUAAUAAAGUGAACAAUUACAAACAAUUUCAUUUAUUAAUUCUACGGAGGUGGUUCGGUAGGUAUACUCAGAGGCUGCUUACCGCAUUGAGUCCCAUUCAAAACUGGCCGGAGAAAGAGAUGGUGGUGAUGCCCACCUCAGAACUUUCAGUCCAGGGGUUCGAGCACUCCCCUGGGGCGUGGCAGGCCUAGGUUCAGUUCCCUCCUCUCUGCCAGAGGGGUCUGACACCUCUGAGGAGGGCACUGUCACCCCUGAGCUAGGGGGCACAUUCUGAUGUGUGGUUCCCUCAGUCUCUCCUGAGGAAGCUGUGGAUAAAUAAUAGUGAUUAGAGCAGGCAGCUAGACCCAGGGUCUCCCAUGCCUCAGGUGAGUGCUCUAACCACUGGGCCAGAAGUUAUAAAGUGGACACCACUUCCUGCGGCUUUUUUUGUGGUGUGAGACAAGCACCAAACCGGUUCCUGCGGAGAGCCACCUUAUGUGUCUGAGCCGCUUGUCUCCAGGACAGCGGUUGCCAUUUGUGAAUCACCAGCAGAGAUGAGGGUUUCCCUGCAGCCUGGACUUCGGGGCCUCACUCUGAGAAAAGGGCGGGCUUAGCAGACACCUGUCUUGUUGGCAUCUCCCAUUAGCCCACCUAGCAUGCUGCCUUUUGUGGAUCGCAGUCGAAGGCGCCUGUCUCUUCCCAUUCAUUGUACAGGGAGCCUAGGCGCUUAUCUUUGUGGAUCGCAGUGUUGUUCUUACGACUUUCUAGUGCCUAAGUUAGAUGUUGCCAUGGUGGGCGUCAUGGUGCUUAAGUCCCCGUGUAGAUCCAGCUAUAGUGACUAAAUCAUUGGCGUUACAUUCUCACCGACUUUGGAAAUCAGGCCCAGAAUGUCUGAAGUUAGAUACCAGGGUAGAUGGGCCUAAACCAAAAUAAUUGGAAUCACCAAUUUUAAUCACUACUUAAAUCAGCAAUUAGGAACCCUUGACUUAAAUCACUGAUUUUAAUCUUCUCUUUUGUUUAUAUUUAAGUAAUUUUUCCUAGAGAAAGGUUAUUUCUUAUUGGUUGGUAUAACCAUUAAACCAUGUUCCUUUGCGACCAAAAAUAGCCUUCACUCUUUGAUCCUUUUUUUGCUAAUGCUGUAGCUUUAAAUGCUAAUUUAAACAAUUCUAGAUCUUUACAAAGAGUAAAAAUUAAGAAUCUGAAUACAUUUAUGGCAUGUUAGAGAAUGGAGAUAAUUUUUUAUUGUGAUUUGUAUCAAUCUGCAUUUGGAUGGAGAUUGGAAUUCUAUUAAAAAUGUACAAAACCG